CGGAGGAUGUUCGGUGUAAAUGUAUUUGUCCUCCCUAUAAAGAUAUUCCUGGACAUAUUUAUAAUAGGAACAUAUCCCAAAAAGAUUGCGAUUGCCUUCAUGUUGUGGAGCUCAUGUCUGUGAGGGAGCCUGACAUAGAAGCAUACUGUCUGCGCUGUGAAUGCAAAUAUGAGGAAAGAAGCUCUGUAACAAUCAAGGUUACCAUUAUAAUUUACCUGUCCAUUUUGGGUCUUCUACUUCUGUACAUGGUGUACCUUACUCUGGUUGAGCCCAUACUGAAGAGACGCCUGUUUGGACACUCACAAUUAAUACAGAGCGAUGACGAUGUUGGGGAUCACCAGCCAUUUGCAAAUGCCCACGAUGUGCUGGCCCGCUCCCGCAGUCGAGCCAACGUGCUGAACAAGGUAGAGUAUGCCCAGCAGCGGUGGAAGCUUCAAGUUCAAGAGCAGCGGAAGUCCGUCUUUGACCGUCAUGUUGUCCUCAGCUAAUUGAGAAUCAAAUUCGAGGCUAACAAAGAAAUGAUGGACAAUAGAAGCUACUCUAAGCUGCCAG